AUGAAGUUACGAAGUCUUAAACCCGUUGUACAAUUACGGUUCAAGUCAACUAAACCAUUUUAUAUAACAACUCCUAUUUUCUAUGUUAAUGCAGCUCCGCAUAUUGGUCACUUGUAUUCGAUGUUGAUUGCCGAUACAAGAAGUAAAUGGGAGAAACUAAAUCCUAAUCAAAAAUCAUUUAUGUUAACCGGUACUGAUGAACAUGGAUUAAAAAUUCAAGCAACUGCUGAAAAACAGGGCAUUGAACCUAAAGAAUUAGUUGAUAAAGUAUCUCAAAAUUUUGCUUAUUUAGCAGAGAAAUCAAAUGUGAAUUAUGAUAGAUUUAUACGAACAACUGAUCCUGAUCACAUAGAAGUAGUCAAAUAUUUCUGGAAUUUGAUGAUGGAAAAAGGGUAUAUUUAUACUGAUACACAUUCAGGUUGGUAUUCUGUUAGUGAUGAAACAUUUUAUCCAGAGACUCAAAUAGAAGAAGUUGAAAAAGAUGGGAAAAUGGUUAAAAUUUCCAUUGAAACUAAAAAUGAGGUUGUUUAUCAAGAAGAAACUAAUUAUUUUUUCAAAUUGUCUCAGUUCCAAGACCAAUUAAUUGAAUAUUUAGAAUCACAUCCUGAUUUUAUCAAACCAUAUCAUCGGUAUCAGUUUAUUUUAAAUGAAUUGAAACAGAACAAAUUAACAGACUUGUCAAUUUCAAGACCUUCAAGUAGAUUAAAAUGGAGUAUUGAAGUACCAAAUGAUCCAAGUCAAAAGAUUUACGUAUGGUUUGAUGCAUUAUUGAACUAUAUAACAGCAGCUGGAUACCCAGAAACGUUCAACAACAAUGAGUUAUCAAAUAUGUGGCCCGCUACACAUAUCAUUGGUAAAGAUAUCAUUAGAUUUCAUUGUAUAUAUUGGCCAAUUUUCUUAAUGGCUGCUGGUGUGGAAUUACCUAAACAAGUAAUUGUUCAUUCUCAUUGGUUAUGUGAUGGAUUCAAAAUGAGUAAAAGUUUAGGUAAUGUGGUUGAUCCAAUUGAGAUAAGUGAAUAUUAUGGAGUUGAUCCAGUUAGAUUUUUCCUUGUUGAAAAUUCUAAUAUUGAAGACGAUUGUAAAUUUAGUGUUGAUUUAUUAGAAAGAUCACGAGAUGCUGUAUUGGGUAAAUAUUGUAAUUUGAUUUCAAGAAUUGGUGCUAAGAAUUUCAAUAUUCAAGAAGCAGUUGAAUACUCCACAUCUGGCAAGUUUGACAAUAUUGAACAAAUUAUCAAAGAUGUUGAUAACUCAAAUGGUGACGACUUGAUUAAAGCUUCUCAAGAAUUAAUCGCAAAUUUGAACAACUUAUACAUUACAAUGGAUACCCAUUUUAAGAACUUUGAGUACAUUAAAGCAAUUCAAGCAUGGUGGGGAGUCAUCAAUCAAGGAAAUUAUAUAUUCCAAACUUCAGAACCAUGGAAAUAUUCUAAACUACUUAAAGAUGAAUCUAUUCCAGAAGAAGCAAAAAGCAAAUAUUUAACUUACAUAAAUUAUGUUACUUAUUUAUGUGCAGAAACAAUGAGAAUCUCUUCAAUUCUUAUACAACCUGUCAUGCCAGAAUUAUCAAACAAGAUUUUGAACAGACUACAAGUACAAAGUAGAGAUUCGGAAUCUUGUAAAGUGGGUGAUGAAGAUGGAUAUGGUAAAGAUGCAAAUUCUAAGAAACAUGGUGUUCCUUUAGAAAAGAUUAAAUCUAGAAGUGUGUAA